AUGAUCACAGUCAAUUCGGAUGGAAAAAUAAUGAUCAGAAGAUGUCUUGUCACCUUGAGACCUUUUAGGAUAUUUGUGCUGGGCAUUGGAUUUUUCACCCUGUGCUUCUUAAUGACAUCUUUGGGAGGCCAGUUUUCAGCCAAAAGACUGGGAGACUCUCCCUUCACCAUCAGAACCGAAGUGAUGGGCGCGCUGGAGUCCAGAGGGGUGCUGCGGAAGAUGAGCGACAUGCUGGAGAUGAUGGUGAAGAGGAUGGACGUACUAGCCAGGCUGGAGAAUAGCACUGACUUCCGGAAAGGGGAGGAGGCACGUUUUCCUCCGGACAGGUUCCAGCCAGCAGCAGGUUUGAUGGAGAGGAUCCAAGCUAUUGCUCAGAAUGUCUCUGACAUUGCAGUGAAAGUAGAUCAGAUUCUCCGGAACAGCCUCAUGAAUGGGAAAGUGAUAGAAGGCAGACGGGACCAGUGUGAGGUGCCCAGGGACCCCAAAUACCCUGACUGCUCUGGAAAAGUGGAGUGGAUGAGGGCCAGGUGGACGUCCGACCCCUGCUAUGCAUUUUUUGGCGUGGACGGCACAGAAUGCUCGUUCCUCAUCUACCUCAGCGAAGUUGAGUGGUUUUGUCCUCCGCUGCCUUGGAGAAAUCAGACGGCAGCCAUGCCAUCCUCAAAGCCACCGCCCAGAGUGCAGGCAGCUUUUCGGAGCAACCUCUCUUACCUCCUUGAGCUGAUCGGGAGUGGCAAGGAAUCCUUGAUCUUCAUGAAGAAGAGAGUCCGGCACUUGGCCUCACAGUGGCUUCUGGCAACCCAAAGCCUGGCGCAGAAACUGAAGGGCAGACGGAGGGAUCAAAAACAGAUCUUGAUUCACAUCGGCUUCCUGACGGAGGAGUCAGGGGAUGUUUUCAGCCCCAGGGUGCUGAAGGGCGGACCUCUGGGCGAGAUGGUCCAAUGGGCAGAUAUCUUAGCUGCCCUCUUCGUUCUGGGACACAGCCUGAAAGUCACGGUUUCUUUGAAAGAGCUGCAGAGUAAUUUAGGGGUGCCUCCGGGACGUGGCAAUUGUCCCUUGACUGUCCCUUUGCCCUUUGACCUCAUUUAUACUGAUUACCAUGGCCUCCAGCAAAUGAAGCAACACAUGGGGCUCUCCUUUAAGAAAUACAGGUGUCGCGUUCGGGUCAUCGAUACCUUUGGGACAGAGCCAGCCUACAACCUUGAGGAGUAUGCCACUCUGCAUGGCUACCGGACAAACUGGGGGUACUGGAACCUGAAUCCCAAGCAGUUCAUGACUAUGUUUCCUCACACUCCCGACAACUCCUUCAUGGGCUUUGUGUCCGAGGAGCUCAACGAGACCGAGCGGCAGUUCAUUAAGUCCAACAAAGCAAGCAACAUGGCAGUGGUGUACGGGAAGGAAGCCAGCAUCUGGAAGUUGCAGGGCAAAGAAAAGUUCCUGGCCAUCCUUAACAAGUACAUGGAGAUCCACGGCACUGUUUAUUAUGAAACCCAGCGUCCUCCGGAGGUCCCAGCCUUUGUCAAGAACCAUGGCCUUCUGCCACAGCACGAGUUCCAGCAGCUUCUGAGAAAAGCCAAGCUUUUCAUCGGAUUUGGAUUCCCCUAUGAAGGUCCCGCCCCUUUGGAAGCGAUAGCCAAUGGGUGUGUUUUCCUGCAGUCUCGUUUCAAUCCGCCACACAGCUCCCUCAAUCACGAAUUCUUCAGGGGGAAGCCUACAUCAAGAGAGGUGUCCUCCCAACACCCCUAUGCAGAGGACUUCAUAGGGAAGCCUCAUGUGUGGACGGUGGACUACAAUAACUCAGAGGAGUUUGAAGCCGCUAUCAAAACCAUCAUGAGGACCAAGGUGGACCCUUACGUACCCUAUGAAUACACCUGCGAGGGGAUGCUGGAGCGGAUUCACGCUUACAUUCAGCACCAGGAUUUCUGUGCUGGAGCUUCUCCUCCUCUGCCAGUGAAGCCCAACGGCCAUGCUAUGCCAAGCUCUCCAAGCCUAUUCACCCUGUCGCCCAACGCCACUCACCUUGUGUGGUCGUACAACGCCAGCAGCGCCCCCCAUGUCUGGCCUCCCGUGAGCUCCAUGCAGGUGUGGGUGUCUGAGGCCGGGCAAGCCUGCACUGAGACCUGUCAGGAGCACAGGCUGGUCUGCGAGCCGACAUUCUUCGAGUUUCUCAACAAGAAGGACGUGUUUCUCCAGCUUCGCAUUGCCUGUGACAGCGCGGAGUCUGAGAUGAGCCACCUCUACCCAGCACUGGCUGAAAAUGUGCAGGAGUGCUACCUCCAGAAGGAACCGCUGCUGUACAGCUGCGCAGGCUACAGCACCAAGUACCGGCGCCUCUGCCCAUGUCGCGAUUAUCGGAAAGGACAAGUGGCUCUGUGCAGGGACUGCUUGUGA